ACCCAACGGCCAUUAAAACCUUGACACCGGCUGCUUUUAUUGGAUUAUAUCCUCUGCCUCUGAUGCGUAUUUCUGGCGAUAACCUGUGCGGCAAUAAACUUCAUCCAGCCACCAGAGUGUGCAUGUGAGAGGACUGCAAAUCUCCUCAGCCAAACCAGAAUUAGCCGGUAUCGCAGGAAUGAAAGAGCGUGGAGAUUUGAAAUCGCGGGGAAUGGAAGCCAGACGGAGCAGAGGGCGAGCCGCCGGGGGAGCAGCAGCCCCGAGCCCGGCCCCGGGCUGCAGCAGCAAAUAAACACCCCGGCGAGGCCGAGCGCAGCCGGGCGCAGGUCGACGGCGGCGGGGAGCGGAGCUGCGGCGGCUGCGGGGCCCAGCGCCAUGCCGGCCGGGGCGGCGGCGCGGCCGGGGCCCGGCGAGUUUCUCUAGGAUUUCACAACUGCUAAGAGCCUCUUGGGCUUCUCUGACUUCCGUGAUACUGUGUUCGUGGCAGCACUGUGCUGUGGGAAGAGAACUGAGGGCAGGAAAACAUACAUCUCAACAUACAUCUCAAAACUAGUUUCCUCUGAAAAAAAUACAGUAAUUCAACCCACCUUGAAGAUUUCCUUUUUUGAUUCCAAGCUUUAUUCACUAGAACACAGUCACAUAAUCUUACUGGGACAGCAGAAGGUGAUACACAGAAGGAAUAUACAGAGAGAGACCAGUCUUUUUCUGUGACCACAGUCAACCCAUGAAGAGUGAGUGCUCUCAGCCACAUACAAAGUACUGUGGAGAAAAUGUAUGCUAGUCGAGAGGAUAUUGGAUACGAUUUUGGAGAUGACUCAAAAGUUGGAAGGCCUUUCAUUGGUUUAUUCAUUACCAUGUGUGGGUGCCGCAAGACAGCAAUAAUUGGAGGGAUAUUGAAUGCCCUAGGCUGGAUAUUGAGUGCCUAUGCCUCAAAUGUGCACUACCUCUUCCUUACAUUUGGAGUGACAGCCGGUGUUGGUAGUGGCAUGGUUUAUCUGCCUGCGGUGGUCAUGGUAGGACAGUAUUUUCAAAAGAGAAGAGCACUUGCGCAAGGACUGAGUACCACAGGAACAGGGUUUGGAGCUUUUUUAAUGACAGCCUUACUGAAGUAUCUCUGCAGGGAAUUUGGGUGGAGGAAUGCCAUGUUCAUUCAAGGUGCAAUCUCCCUCAACCUUUGUGUCUGUGGGGCACUUAUGAGACCACUAUCCCACAAAGAUGUUAAUGAAAAAUAUGUUGUGAGAAGUAAUGGUGAAAAUAAUCAGGCAAAAGCUCUGUCCCAUUCUGCAGAGACUUUAAAAUCUAAUGGAAUCCUCAGUGAAGAAACAGGCAAAAAAGAAGAGGCAACAAAUGAAGAAGUGCUUGACAGUGUUAAGCACAUAGAAACUGAAGGUAAAUCUAGAAGUGGAAAGAGUAUGUAUGGACUGCUCAUUCUUAAGACAGCGAGCCAGCUGACGGUUACGGUCAGGAAGGGCUUUGGAAUCUGGUACUCCAGUUACUUUGGAGCUGCAUCGUUGUUUACCAACAGAGUAUUUGUGGCCUUUAUAAUUUGGGCUUUGUUUGCCUAUAGCAGCUUUGUCAUUCCCUUUAUUCAUCUUCCAGAGAUAGUCAAGCAGUACAAUUUAUCUAGUCAGAACAAUAUAUUUCCAUUGACGUCCAUUAUUGCCAUUGUGCAUAUUUUUGGUAAAGUGAUCCUUGGAAUCAUCUCUGAUUUCCCUUGCAUCAGCACUUGGAAUGUCUUCCUCAUGGCUAACGUCACCCUGGUCACCUGCAUUCUUACUUUGCCACUAAUGCAAACAUACAUUAGUCUGGCUGUGAUUUGUGCUCUAAUAGGAUUUUCUAGUGGCUAUUUUUCCCUAAUGCCUGUUGUGACUGAAGAUUUAGUUGGAACUAAACAUCUUGCAAAUGCCUAUGGCAUCAUCAUCUGUGCCAAUGGAAUAUCUGCAUUGCUUGGACCACCCUUUGCAGGUUGGAUCUAUGACAUCACACAUAAAUAUGAUUUUUCAUUUUACAUAUGUGGCUUGCUGUACCUGGUGGGAAUAUUAUUUUUAUUUAUUCAACCUUAUAUUGGAAAGAAACAACCACGAGAAAAGUCUACUGAAGAGGAACAAGUAUAGAACAAAUUUCAGACUUUUUUAUAGAAUUUAUUUCUUUCCGUGUUUCUAUUAUAUGGCAGUAUAAAGCUGAAACCAACCACACUGAAUUGUACUUAAGUGAAAAGAAAAUGUGCUCUAAAAUGCUAAUAAAUUAUUAGAAAUAUGCUUUUAAAAUGACUUAAGAUCUUUUACUUCAAAACUAACAAAUAUAGAGAAUAAAAGCACACUGACAGUCUUGUAAAAUUGGAUCAGUGCUAGAAACCUUUAACCUUAAUUCUUUUAACUUUUCACCACUAACCAUUGGUGAAACUCCACUGACUGCAGUGCAGUUACUCCUGAUUUACACUAGUCCUACAAUCAAAUUUGAUCAGGAUACGAAUGAUUUAUAAAAAUCCUUCCUAUUAUGUAUUCUAUCUGAUAAAAGAUUAGUUAAUAAAUAUUGGAAAAUGACUGUAUGUCUUACCUGGCUAGUGCUGCUGAAAUGCUAGUAUAUACUUCAAUUAAUUCAAUGUAUUGAAAUUUGCAAUGCAAAGCUGAAGAAAAGUUCUUAGAUUUUUCUGAAAGGAUUCUCUACUUCAAGGUUUUUUAGUUUUAGCUUUAGUUUUUUUUUAAUUUAUUUUUAUUUUUAUUUCUAUUUUUAUAUAUCAACUGCAUGAUAAAGUAGCCAUCCUCAAUACAUGGGCUGCAUUAUAAAUGCUCUGACACUAAAUGCACCUGAAGUAAAACAAACAUAAAAGCAAAUACAGAGAACUGACGGAAAAUAUUAAUUUGAUUCUUCUACAGAAAUGAUAAGCAGCAACAUUUCUGAUGAUCUGUUCCACUAGUUGCACAUGCAUGAGUUGCCACAUUGAGAUAGAGCAAUUUCUAAUUUCAGAUUCAACUACUUCAAUAGUUAUUCACAAUUUAUAUUGAUGUAACUGAGAAUUUGUACCUGUGUAUAUACAGUCUUCUAGUUUUGCUUACGAGAUUUAGCUAUAUUACUAUGAACCACAUCCAAUGUCAAUUGCCAUAGUUGUAUUAACUGACCUAAAGCUGCUGCUGAUCAUACCUCUAUCAGGUACAGAGACACCUGAGAUGAGAAAAAAUACCUUCUGUAUUUUUACAGGCAUGCUUUGGAAAGUUAAACUUUGUCUGACUCGUUUGCAGUGUUUUAGAAUACAGGAAUAAUUUACUUAAAUGCACAAUGGCUCCUUUAUCAUAAAAAUACCUGGAAAUUAAGAGAAAAUUAAGAGAGAAAAUCUUUUGUUAUGGUAUAUCCAGGUUCUUAAGCCUGCCUUAUGGUUUGAUACCUUACAGUGGAAGCAUCCCACCAUGAUUCCAAAGACUGGAGGAUAUUUCCAGAAGCAGUUUGAAGUUUCUGUCUGCUUUCUGGAUGGGACAGGUAAAAGUAUUAAAGAAACGGAGCUGGGCAAAAUGGGCCAAAUAUAGUUUUAGAAAGAACUGGACUACAGCAUGUUAAGUUUUGUUACAAUUAAUUUUAGAACAAAAAUAUUGAAUUAUGAUCACUUGUGUUGCUGUAUAUGAGCACACCACGAACUGUCUAAGACUGGUCAUGUUUUAGAUGAUUAUUCACUAGAAAAUCAGAUAAUGCAAAGCAUGGAAGAACUAAGACAAUGCAAAAUAUUUAAGGAAAUUUUCUUAAACAAUGUUAAGCAUCUGGUAAUCAAUACAGAAUAUUUUGUAUGAUUCUACAAGACAUCAUACAUCACAGCUUUGAGAGGUGAGGCUGAUAUUAAUUUUCCUAUAUCAAUUUUUUUUUUUUUUUCUUGCUAGCUUUAUGAAUAUUUUUUCAUGACAAAUCAAGUUCUUGGUUUAAGACUAAUACAUGCUGCUAGAAUUCAGGAACAAAUGGUAUUAUUCACUUAUAUUGAAGAAAUACUGGCACACAGUUCAGUAUGAAAGAUAGCACUAUACAGACAUUUUCUGUAGCUGCAAGGUUGGUUAAAAAAAGAGAUCUGAGCCUCAAACCCCAUUGUUCUGUAUUGCAAUUCACCAACUUAGUUGCACUUUUACAACUGUUGGCAGGGGCAUGCUUUGAAAUAGGUCACUGAAGUGAACAAAGUUAAACAUAAAACCCUUAAGAAAAAACAAACUACGUUAAGAUCAGUUCUCUGAUACAAUAUUUAUGGCCUGUAAAAUUGUCAUUACAACAACUGAGAUGGCAGUGAACUGCAACAUGUGGUGUGAACAAGCAGCCAGUAAUUUCUUAAAAUCAGCUUUUUUUGCUGGAGAAAAUUUUCCUAUGAAGUUCACUGACAUCAGUUCUUUAGUUACAGGUUUAGUUACAGGUUUGUCUUGGUGUGAAUGCUGCUACUAGCUUAUCAGCUAUCUUUCAUUGGUGAAGGAGAUAUAUUAAAGUGAUGAUUUACCUCAUUUUUUUGAAAAUUAUGUACCUGUUAUACUUAAAGCUUCACUUUGCCUUUAGUUAAAAUCAACUUUGCAUAUUACUGUAAUGAAUAAUAUGUUGUUCACUUAUAUCUGCAACAUUAUCUUCUUAUAGAAGUCCUUAAUGGACUGUAUAAUGGAAAUAAACUUACAUUACCCAAAAAUUCACUUUCUGUUCAUUUACUGAUUAAGUUAAUUUCUUAAACAUAAAAAUGAGGAUUCUCCUGAAAAAUGUUUGUUCUCAUUUCUGGUAACAGAAGGGACAGAUACAUGAUUGUUUAAAGAGGCAGGAAGGCAGGCUGACAAAUCAGAGUGAAAUCAGGAUUUUAAGAAAUAUUAACUCAGUCUAUAUUGGCUAGCAUAGUUUCUGAACCUGAAACUGCCUAAAUCUGUUUUGAUGUCACAACUUAACAAAAAAGUAAUUGGUGGUAAAUUUACAGAAAGUGAGAAUAAAGGGUCUGCUGCUUAGUAGCUCUGUUCACAUGCCAUAUUUCUUAAAAACAUCUCUAAAGCGAAGUUACCCUUUACAGUGUUUUAUUACACAGAACAGAAAUUUCAUGAAUACAGUAUUUUAUGCACAUCAGAAAGUUUUUUCAUUGUCCUGAAAGAAAAUAGUCACAAGGAGGAAAGAAUGUGUUAAUUGUUUAAUGUGAAAAUUAAAAAAACUUAAAGAACUAUAAUCAACAAAUUCUUCAAGAAUAUUGAUAUGUAGUUGUAGGACAAAAUAUUGUAAAUAUAAAUUAACAAUUAUAUUGUAAGAACUUAAACGCAGCUUUAUAAAGAUAUAAAAUUAUACAGAAACACUAUUUUUAAUGAAUUUACAAAAUUCUUAUUUAAUACUUGACAUUUAAAAAAAGUUGUAAACAUACGCGUUUAAACACCCUUCAGAUAUUACACUUAUAUGAAAAUACUGCAAUCACUGUUUUUAAUGCUCAGAUCUUAAGUCUAAUCAACGACAAAUGGUGUCUUAAUCAAUCAGUACUUUCAGAGCAACAAUACUUAGCCUCUUAAUUAGUGAAGCUGAUUGUUGUGGUAAGGCUAUAAUUCAGUAAAAACUGCUUUCAGUUUAAAGUACUCUUAACUAGCCAUCGUUACAGUUUCAUAAGAUAGCAGAUGUCUCCUAUCAAGUAUACAACUCCACCAAUGGAAAUCAAAUACUCUUAGAAGUUCCUGCAUCAGCAACAUCAAGGAAAACUUCUGCCUCAAGGAAAACAAAACAAAACAAAACAAAACAUGAUUUUGAUGGAUUGUGCAGGAUGAGGAGGAUGAGGAAGACCAUUUGAUUGAUACCCUCAGUCACCAAAGAAGAUUCUUCCUGUUGAAAAAAUGAUUAUUUGCUUGAAAUUUAGAUAAUAAUUUAAAAUAAUUCAAAAUACAUCAAACUCUGGAACUAGCUACAUGUUACGCACCCAUAACUGUUGAAAAUUUACCAUGGUGGACAGGAAAAUCCUCGGCAUUCACCAUCCACUUUUGUAGGACAACAAGAUUGCUGACUCUCUGCCCUAUUCUGUAUAGGUAAUGAUACAAAACAAAAUACAGAAGUCAGAAGGAUGAAGUACAAAGGAACCACCACCUCUUCUAUUGUUAGUAUCUUACAACGCUGCGGAUAAUACAAUUUCAGGAUGUCUAAUAUGUUAAAGGUUGUAUUAUUUACGUGUUGCUUCUAGUAAGACGUUUUGUUGUUACUCUUUUAAUCCUUUAAUUUGCUUUCUCUAAUAAGGAAGAAAAGUCAGCACGUAUGACCUGACAAAUAGCAAGCCCACACCUUACAAUGGUUAUGUCGAUGAAAAAUGCAUCUUUACUCAGCUUCUUGGUUUUAAGCAUCUUGUUUUUGCCUCCUCCUUCAGAGCUGCAGCCGUAGCUGAAUUCUGUUUGUGGAGAAAAAAUGUUUCCAGCCCAUUUCCAGUGCAAGUUCUUUCAUUUCAGGUGUAAUUGUAUCAUACAAGUUCUCCACAAUUUUUUCGCAUCGUGCACUAUUGUUACAUAUCUAGUUGUAAGAGAAAGUAAAAGGCCUGAAUUCA